ACUUGUAUUUACUGGGUAUCGUUUUGUCCCUACCAUCAGCGGCACCUCGUUUUGAUAAGCGUUGAUUAAAGUAUCUCAACUUGUUAUUAAUGGAUCCUAAUUUACGCAACUUAAAAGAUUUUCUGACGUUGUAUAACAAGGUCACAGAAUUAUGCUUCUCGAGAUGUGUUGAAACGCUAUACGAGCGGGAUUUGACCAAUAGCGAGAGUACUUGUAUAGAUCGGUGCGUAGUAAAAUUUGCUCGGUUUAAUCAGAAAAUGAUGAAUGUUUACGUUGAGGUGCAAUCAGAAAUAAAUCAAAAACGUAUGCAAGAAAUUGAAGCCAAUCAAAAACAACUGGAACAACCGCAAGCGUCGGCAUCCAUGCCAUCUGCAGGAAGCAUAUCGCAUUUGCCAACAACAACGAAUGGAACACGAGCGCCUGCAUUCUCGUAAAAAAAAAAACUUGAUUUUAGUAAUAUUGCAUUUUACAUAAAUUUACCACACUUUGGUGAUAUAAACACAUUUAAACAAUCACA